AUGUCCUCUUACGGCUCCUACAAUCCUUCCGCUUCCGUCUACGAUCCUUCCGCUUCUGUCUAUACGGGUGGAGACGUUUACUCCAACUCAAACGGUGCUCAGUCCCAUGACGCUCCUUCUGGUCAUAGCGGGGAGGAACAGAACCCUCUUUAUGAUGGCUCCCACGCUCCACCCGGGAUCUCGUCCCUUGCCGUUUCAGACGGGUACUCUGCAGCCCAUCUCUCAGGCGGACAAGACAGGGCGUUACGCGAGCCGAAGCCGUUGCACAAGAACGGGACACAUUAUCCAACGCCAUACUUGCCUCCACGCGAUAAGCGACCUCCAACUCCAGAGAUAAAUAUACCAAGCGGCGAUUUAUCACAGUAUGACAACGUAGGGAGGCCACUUACCGUCGGGAGCGUCCUUAGUUACGCUUUAGAAUUCGGGAGCAACCUCUCACAAGCGACCUGGAACUGCUAUAAUGGGUUAGGUUUCAGGCCCAACGCUCCUCUGGAGGCUCUCGAUGUGGAAUACGACGAUCAGAACGCUCCUGCUCAGAUCGAUCACGACAUCCACGCUUCUGCCCCUGCAAGCCUCUGCAAUGCAAUCCUUUCCCUAAUGAGCGCUUUCAGCUCGAUCCCCUUCAGCCUUACCAUCGCUCAACUCUUCGGCCUUCCAUCGCACAACAUGGUCGCUCAAUCAGUUCUUUCCGCAGAUGCGCUGACGGGAAUUGUCAACUCCACCAUCGAAACGGUCAUCGCGUCAAUCUUUCACCCGGAUUUUCUGUCUUACUUUGACGACAACGGAGACCAUUCCAACGUAAUACAAAGCUACGUUGCUUCGAAGGUCCCCAAUGCUUUCACUUCGGCACAGGACGAUUUCAAGUCUUAUCAACCACCAGAAGCUACGACUGCUUCGACGGUUGACCCCGCGGUACAGACCGACCGAAAUGUUCCUCCCCGACCGACCGUUCCAUCGACUCCCGUUCCGCCUGGACAUUCCGAUCCACAGCCCGCACAGAUCAAAAACCCAUAUUUGUCCCCACCUACCGCUCAGGGAGAGGUCCCAACCGACGCACUUCGGCGAUCUCCUGUCAAUCGAGACAAUGUCUCGACUAGAGACUUCGCAAACGAGGAGGCGGACGGCAGGUCGAUCGCUUCCUCUGAAAACGAUACCUAUGGAGUCAGGGACACAGGAGAUACUGCAUCUAUCUUUUCCCUCUCUCGCUCACUUCGUAGAGCUCCCGGGGCUCAGAAGGAUCCUACCAUGCAGACAGUACCUCUCGCCCAGCCUGUCCCACAGCAGUCCGGAGCGAUCCCUCAACCACAAACAGCAGCAUACGACACGGAACCCGUGGACGAUCCCAAUUCGCCGUACCAUGAGGCGGGUGAACCUGCAGGUAUCCCAGGUCAAAGUGAGAUGGAUACACGCUCGUUCAGAUCUGCUGGUAGUCGCCCCCGGAGGUUCUUAGAGGAUCGUGGUAUGCAUGGCCCGCGAUACCCUCUCGACCCUGAUGACACGUACAACGAUGCGGGCCCGAACGAUUGGAGGUCGAUGUCCAGUGCGCUGACAGGAUUGCAAGCAGAAGUCGCUAGCAUGUACAAGAGCUUCCAGAGCUUCCAAAACUCGAUCUUACACUCCCUCAACUCUCUGAAUACACGAUUUGACCAGAUGAACAGCCGACUGUCAGAAAUGACGAACGCUCUGCCCGGAUUCACAAUGUCUUCCAACCGGUCCGCUGCGCCACCUAGCUCUUUCCAAGGUGCUCCUCCGCAGACCGCUGAUCCGUCAGCUCCAGUCAGGCCUGAAGAACCGAUUCGUCAGGUUCAAUUCCCUGAUCAGCAAGGCCAACUAGGUCCCGAACAGCCGGUCCUGAACUCCAAUGCCCCGCCCGUGAUGGCACCGCAGGUCAGGCCUGACGAUAUGAUUCGCGGUCCGGUUGACAACGCCCUCCUCGAUGAAAUCGAUGCCCCGAACACCGCUCAAGCGGUCAAGCCAGACCAGUCGAUCUCUGGAGGCAGAGGAACAGCGCCGGAAACCGAGCGGAAGGCCAAGGGCAGAACUCACUUACGAAAGAGGUAUGACCCUGAAGAAGGGAGUGUGUAG